AUGAGCACGCCACCUAGCAGCGACCGCAUCUCCUCUUCGCCUCCCAGUCCCGUGGCUCUCACACUCCGCCGUCGAGAACGAGACGAGAGACGACGCCGGGAAGAGCAGUAUUCGCACGGCCGGCCUCUUCCCUCUCAGACACUAUGCGGCAAUGGAGAGUGCGUGUUGCGCUGCUGCAACGUCUUCAAGACGAGCCGCUUCCACUUGCCCGACUACCUGCUGGGUGACAGGGAACGAAGCGUGGACGACAUUCUGGUAAAGGACAUCCAGACGCACUUUGCCUACCUCGCGGCUACACGGAUAUGGCCCUCCGUCGAAAGGCAGAGCGAUGUGCUACUCAAGGCGCAGUCGAUUGAAGCCUUUGCUACCUCGCCACCCGUGAGAGAAGCGUAUCUCGAUUUUCGACAUCUCUGCCAAAAGAACCAUGUCAACUUUUCCAUGGAGUCCCGCCUGCGAGAAACGCUCUCCGUGACGAUGCCUCGGUUCCGCAGCCUCACCGAGAGGUUAGACACGGCAAGAUCGGAUGGCGAUUACGCCGAGAUGGUUGUCCAUCGGACUCUGAAGCCUCUUCAACAGGCUGACGAGCCGCUGCCAUGGACGCAGGAAGCAUGCAUCAUGCGUUUCUUGCUGACGACUGAGCUCUGGCGACGCCACGACGGCACGCACAUGAUGCGGCGCGGCUGGGCGUGGAAGCCGUGGAUCGUGGCCGAAUUGCUCCCAGCAGUGCUUCUGCAUUACUGGCUGCUGGACGGGGAGAAGUGCUUCGAGAGGGUGCCUUGCCGAGGUAGUGAGCAGUGUGACGAGGUCUGGCAAGAGUGGCUGGACAAGUAUCCGCUGCUGGGCGACCCGAGUCAUGAACACGAUGAUGAUGGUGACGACGAGCCGGAUCAAGGCGACAGCAAGGAGAGUCCCGACCUGGUGCCCAAACCAAUUGGCCUCAUUAAAGGCUUGGAUCUGGAUAAAGACAUUGGAUAUGUUGGCGGCGUUGGGACGGCAGCCAGAGGUCCGUUAUGGAGGGACAUGAGGCAGAAGCACGGAGACGAUGGGCUGCCACAGCAUUGA